UUAACGAGCCAGAGGGAUAACGCUGGGGGAUGAGAAUAGGGAGCGUGCAGUUUUAUUCUUGCCCCGGCAAUUAUGCGCUACGCAUGUGGCCACAGCGUUUAACUCUUGGUACCUUCAGUUUUUCUGCUUGACAAAUAGUGACUCACGCGUUCUGCACGGGGAGCCAGUGCAGCGCUAGAAUUUCUGCUUGCGAAAUCGGCUUAAAUCUUUUGGAGAGAAGCGUUAAUGGUUGCAGGGCUGCCUGCUGUUUCCCGGGGAGAUCAUGAAACGACAUCGGCUUCCUAGCAGCAGUGAGGACUCUGACGACAAUGGCAGUCUGUCUACCUGGUCCCAGCAUUCCAGAUCUCAACGUCGCAGGACUUCAUGUUCCAGAGAUGAGGACCGGAAACCUUCUGAGGUGUUCAGAACGGACCUGAUCACUGCCAUGAAGUUACAUGACUCCUUCCAGCUGAACCCUGAUGAAUACUAUGUGCUGGCAGAUCCAUGGAGGCAGGAGUGGGAAAAGGGAGUUCAGGUGCCAGUUAGCCCAGGGACCAUCCCAGAACCAGUAGCCAGAGUGGUGUCCGAGACAAAAGCAGUCACCUUCACGCGGCCCAGGAAAUUCAUCGUGUCCUCGGGCGCGGAGCCGCCGGAGCUGGGCUACGUGGACAUCCGAACCCUGGCAGACAGCAUGUGCCGCUACGACCUCAACGAUGUGGACGUGGCAUGGCUGCAACUUGCCAAUGAAGAAUUCAAAGAAAUGGGGAUGCUGGAGCUGGAUGAGUACACCAUGGAAAGGGUGAUGGAGGAAUUUGAGCAGCGCUGCUACGAUAACAUGAACCACGCCAUCGAGACGGAGGAAGGGCUAGGGAUUGAAUACGAUGAGGAUGUUGUCUGUGACGUCUGUCAGUCUCCAGACGGAGAGGAUGGCAAUGAAAUGGUGUUCUGUGACAAAUGCAAUAUUUGUGUGCACCAGGCGUGCUAUGGGAUCCUGAAGGUGCCCGAGGGCAGCUGGCUGUGCCGGACCUGCGCGCUGGGCGUCCGGCCCAAGUGCCUGCUGUGCCCCAAGAAGGGCGGCGCCAUGAAGCCCACCCGGAGCGGCACCAAGUGGGUGCACGUCAGCUGUGCUCUCUGGAUUCCAGAGGUGAGCAUUGGAAGCCCCGAAAAAAUGGAGCCCAUCACAAAAGUUUCCCACAUUCCCAGCAGUAGGUGGGCACUGGUGUGCAGCCUUUGUAAUGAAAAAGUUGGAGCUUCUAUACAGUGCUCAGUGAAAAACUGCAGAACAGCCUUUCAUGUCACCUGUGCGUUUGACCGUGGCUUGGAGAUGAAGACCAUCUUGGCAGAGAACGACGAGGUGAAGUUCAAGUCCUACUGUCCCAAGCACAGCUCCACCAAGAAAGCGGAUGCUGAGACUUUGAGUGAAAGCCCAGAUCAGGAGAACAGGAACGGGAUUCAGGACACCUCCCUUCCUGCCCACAUGGACCCUUUCCACACCAUGGAUCAAAACCAGGAUGAGGCCCACAGGGUCAGCCUCCGCAAGCAGAAGCUCCAGCAGCUGGAGGACGAGUUCUACACAUUUGUUGAGUCUUUGGAAGUGGCCAAAGUGCUGCGGCUGCCUGAGGAAUCGGUGGAAUUCCUUUACCAGUACUGGAAACUGAAGAGGAAAUCCAAUUUCAAUAAGCCUUUGAUUACCCCAAAGAAGGAUGAGGAGGACAAUCUGGCUAAACGGGAGCAGGAUGUUCUGUUCAGGAGGCUGCAGCUCUUCACACACCUCCGGCAGGACCUGGAGCGGGUGCGUAACCUCACUUACAUGGUGACGCGGAGAGAAAAAAUCAAGAGAUCUGUUUGCAAAGUUCAGGAACAGAUAUUCAACAGCUACACAAAGCAGUUGGAACAAGAAAGAGUUUCAGGUGUGCCUUCCUCAUUCUCUUCCAUGGAAAACACGGUGCUGUUCAACAGCCCGUCUCUGGGCCCCAAUGCCCCCAAGAUCGAGGACCUGAAGUGGCAUUCUGCGUUCUUCAGGAAGCAGAUGGGCACAUCUCUGGCCCACUCCUUGAAAAAACCCCACAAGAGAGACAGGGUAAGAGACAGGUCUGGGAACGACAGCAAAUCCCUGCUGAGGCAGCCCAGCCCGAGGGAAGGAGGCGCAGCUCCAGGCAGCUUUUUAAAUUUUGACAAGCCCUUUGCUGAGACGCGGAUUGUAUCAGCGCAGCAGAAAAACGGCGCCGUUCUACCAGAGCACAGGAAGAGAAGAGACAAUCGCCCGCAGUGCGAGGUGGCGAAGGCAGAGCUGAAGGAAAAGACUUCUAAACACAACCACAAACCGCUGAGACCCACGGAACUCUCUCAGAGGCAACUGGAAAACAAAAGGGCUGUGAACCACUCCGGUGGUAGGUCAGCGCCUGGCACUCGGAGGGAUAUAGUGCCUAAAUGUAACGGGGGUCUGGGCAAAGUAAACUCUAAUCAGACAGUAGUUAAAGUGCCUACCACGCCCACGAGCCCCGGGAAAAACUGGGGCGGAUUCCGAAUUCCAAAGAAGGGGGAGAGGCAGCAGCAGGGGGAGAGCGUGGAGGAGGCCUGCCGCCAGAACUCUGGCUACCCCUACCUGGGUGUGGGCAGAGUUCCAGCCAAGGACAGGACGAAAAGCAAGUUAAAGCCUGACAGUGAGAACGAUGGCUACGUCCCCGACGCCGAAAUGAGCGACUCGGAGACGGAAGUGGCUGAGAAGAAGUGCAGGCAGCAGAGGCUCAGUCCCAGCAGCAGCAUCGGCAGGAGGACGGACAUUAUUCGGAGGAGCAUCCUGGCAACCUGACUGGACACAGGGAUGGGGGCACUAGAGUCACUGCCUACAAGCCAACUCCACCGUGGUGUGAGAGAAGAGCAUUCUUGGAGCUACAGGCAGAAAAAGCCCAUUUUUUCUGAGUUGUACAAGUAUGUUUACAUGCACUUAAAGCUGUUUUAAGCUC